CAAAACCCGCGGCGCUCGCGUCCACUUGUGUUACAUAACUUGUAGACAUUGUGUGUUACUUGUUUAUAUUUCCGUGAUGAUUCGAAACAGUAAAUACCUUUAUGGGCCAAACGAUGUCGUGAUACCGGCAUCUAUAAGUUUCAGUGAGUAUCUGCUGGAGAAACUACGGGAGAACAAGGGAAAGCCAGCGUUGAUAAAUGGCUUGACAGACGAGCGGCUGAUGUAUGACGAAAUACUUCAGUGUUCGAUGAACUUUGCCGUGUCUCUGUCCGGUCUGGGGAUCAGGCGGGGAGACGUGGUGGGACUGGUGUCGGAGAACCGCGCGGAGUUCUGGAGCUCGAUCGUGGGGAUUUUGUGCACAGGGGCUACUGCUACGCCCUUCAACUUGACUUAUACUAAAGAUGAGUUCAAACACGUCAUCAGCAUAACGAAACCGAAAAUUAUGAUAUUUUCGCCAAUCGGUUACAAACUGCUCGGUAAGAUGAUCACCAGCUUGCCAUUCGUCAAGAGAAUCAUAAUAUUCGGCACCGAGAGAAUCCCUGGUACACUUCUGUACAACGACCUGGCGACAAUGGUUGACGACGGGCGACGGGACGUCACGGCGCUGCGGCGUGACGUGACGGCCGACGAGUUCGUGCCGGCAGACGUCGAGGGACAGAGCGACGUGGCGUUCGUGCUGUACUCCUCCGGCACCACGGGACUGCCCAAAGGCGUCAUGGUGACGCAUCACAAUUGUGUCGUCAUGGCCUCGUCAGGCAGUGUUAAUACUGAGUUGAUCGGUCUCACUAUAACCCCGUGGUUUCACGCGAUGGGCCUUAUGACCAACCUGGCUACGUUCUCGCGAGGGCGAACCAACGUCUACCUACCGAAGUUCGAUGUCGACAUAUUCUUAAAAACGAUUGAGAAGUACAAGGUAGGCAGAACGAGUGUAGUCCCAGCUAUAUUGGUGGCACUGAGUAAGGCUGAACAUUCCUACGACACGAGCUCGCUGCAGGUUGUGUACUGUGGUGCCGCGCCGUUGUAUGAGGAAACCGCACUCGCUUUUAAAAAGAAGUUCCCGUCAGUCCAGGCGAUACUGCAGGGUUACGGCAUGACGGAGAGCACCCUCACCCUGCUCAUCAACGACAACCCUGACAAGAUCGCCAGCGUCGGCACCGUCACACCACAUAAUGUUGUCAAGGUAGUUAACAUCGAUACCAGAGAACCCUUGGGUCCGAAUGAGGAGGGCGAGAUUUGUGUGAAGGGUCUGAUGAUUAUGAAGGGCUACAUCGGGAAGGACAGACGCGAAGACUUCGAUGACGAAGGGUUCUACAAGACAGGAGACAUCGGAUACUAUGACGAGCAGGGAUACUUUUAUAUCGUGGACAGGCUGAAAGAACUGAUUAAAUAUAAGGGAUUCCAAGUAGCCCCAGCGGAGUUAGAGGCAGUGCUUCUCAAACACGAGGGGAUCAAAGAUGCCGGGAUCGUGGGGGUGCCGCACCGCGGCGCCGGCGAGGUCCCCCGCGCGUUCGUGGUCCCCCAGCCGGGGGUCACGCUCACUGAGCGGGGGGUCCAGGACUUUGUGGCUGAGCGGCUUUCAAAUCCAAAACAUCUACGUGGAGGUGUCAAAUUCAUCGACAGCAUUCCCAGAAAUCCUUCAGGCAAGAUACUUAGAAGAGAGCUGAGGAAAAUGGUCAAAUCAAAGAGCAAAUUAUAAAAGACCAAGGUUUUAUACACUAUUAUACAGUCCAAUUUUUCUCGUAAAGAUGUGGAAAUAAAAUGGGGGCCAAAGUAAAUUAAUAAGAUAUAAUAGGACUUGAUUACACCUACCGAGUAACGUGGCGAGACAGUGCACUCGGCCAAACUGUCUCGCCACUGUACCUACUCUGUUGUUUUAAUCGAGGCAAUAAGGCAUGUAUCAAAAUAGCAAUUUAAAUUUUUACAAUGAUUAUCGGCUUAGAAUAUAUUUUGUAAAUUAUA